GUGGUAACAUGGAGAGCAGAUGCGUGUUGGGCCGCUGUGUGUGUCAGCUGAGGUCUGGGCCGUGGGCAGGGAGCUGGACACGGCCGAGAGCUGCAGGAUGCACAGUCAUCAGAGCUGGACGGGCUGCCCGGUGCCUCUGUGGGGCUCAUCUGUCCCAGUAGCGGCUUUAUUAUGGGAGCACUGGGAUGUCUGUUCCUUUAGUCUGAAUCUGAAUUUCCAUUUCAGCUCCGUUUUCAGAUUGUGUGUGGCAUGCGUGUGUGUCUGUAUGUAUGUGUUGACUGCUGGUCAGGAUAGCAUUAUUUGCCCUACGGAGCCAUAAUAAAUAGGACAACAAAAUGUGCAAAUAAGAUUUAAAGUGGUAAUGAAUCUAAGACUUAAAUCUAAACAAAAUGAAUGUAAAAGUGGUUCACGUGUAACUGAUUUGUCAUAAAUAAUGAGAAACAGAGGAGUGGUACAAUAGGAGAAACCUCAUUUCUGAUGUCUGACCACAGGUUUUCUACAUUUCAAGCGGGGGUCAUGUGUUCUCAGGUGGCAGACAUGGGUUAGAUGGAUAGAAACAGAAUUCAGAUGUGCACUGAUGCCUUUCUCUGCUCUGUCACAGAAGCCAGUCCUCAUCACCAUCACCAUCCUCAUCAUGGCCUCUGGAGCACUGUUCCCCAGUCUGGUGUCUGGCUCCCGCGGCUCCUCCAGCAAAUACCUGGUGGAGUUUCGGGCCGGGAAGAUGACGAUGAAGGGCAGUACGGUGACCCCUGACAAGCGCAAGGGCCAGGUGUACAUCCAGCAGACUGACGACUCCCUCAUCCAUUUCUGCUGGAAGGACCGCACGACUGGAAACGUGGACGACGACCUGAUCAUCUUCCCUGAUGACUGUGAGUUCAAGCGAGUCAACCAGUGCACCACUGGGCGUGUGUAUGUGUUGAAGUUCAAAGCCGGAUCCAAAAGACUCUUCUUCUGGAUGCAGGAGCCCAAGACUGAUAAGGACGAGGAAUAUUGCCGCAAGGUGAAUGAGUAUCUGAACAACCCGCCGAUGCCUGGAGCUCUGGGCAGCGGAGGCAGCGGGGGGCACGAUCUGUCUGCUCUGGGCGAUUUUCUGUUUUCAUUCAAAGGGGAGGGCGGUCUGCAGAGCCUGCUGGGUAACAUGAGCCACAACCAGCUCAUGCAGCUGAUCGGACCAACUGGACUUGGAGGUCUCGGUGGGCUUGGGGCUUUGACUGGACCCGGCCUGGCCAGUUUGCUGGGCAGCGGCGCCCCAGCAGCCAGCAACUCCUCCACAAGUCCAUCCACAGCGGUCACCCCUACCUCCACCUCCGCCGCCAGCCGCCUCGGUUCCUCCCAGGUGCCGACCACACCCAUCACCCCCUCUGCCACCUCAGCAGCCUCGCCCACAGCCACCACCCCCUCCACCCCCGCCGUCUCCUCCCUGGCAGCGGGGGCGGCAAGCCCCACGCAGCCCAUCCAGCUGAGCGACCUGCAGAGCAUCCUGGCCACCAUGAACGUGCCUGCAAGCGGGCAGGGAGUUGACCUUGCCAGCGUCCUGACGCCUGAGAUCAUGGCUCCUAUCCUGGCCAACGCCGAGGUGCAGCAGAGGCUGAUGCCUUAUCUUCCCUCUGGAGAAUCCCUGCCUCAGAGCACAGAGGAGCUGCACAACACUCUCAGCUCACCGCAGUUUCAGCAGGCAAUGAGCAUGUUCAGCAGCGCCCUGGCGUCGGGGCAGUUAGGGCCUCUAAUGAACCAGUUUGGCCUGCCUGCAGAAGCCGUCGAUGCUGCGAACAAAGGAGAUGUUGAGGCUUUUGCCAAAGCCAUGGAGACAGAGAACAAGUCAGACCAGGAUGGAGACUCCAAAGACAAGAAAGACGAUGACGAGGACAUGAGUUUGGACUAACAACUGUUGCAAGAAAAUUAACGUUAUCGCUCGGUGUAUUUAUUUAGCUGCUCCUGCUGUUUUUUUUUUUUUUUAUUUAACUAUUUUAUUUUGAGGAUAAAAAUUAUGGUUAAUACAGGUUCUCUGCUCCAAAUAGGACAACUGAUUUGUACUUAUACAUUAUGUGACUAAGACACUCGGUCGAUAGUUCUGUGUUCAUCCUCCCACAGUGUUAAUGUAUGCAGACAGUGUCAUGGAGCUUCUUAGACUGAACUGAAUCAACAUGUACUCUACCUGCAUGUCAACUACUAGCCCCUCCUAUCCACAGAAAAUACAAGGGAACAGUAAAGUGCUCACAAUCACA